AGGGGCAAGCCACGAACCGGCCCGAUAUGAUCAUGAUCGCAGAUAAGAUUAGAUGCGGACAUCAGCGUGAUAUUUCUGCGCGUCGCGCACAGGAAUGUACUACGAGAAUAAAACUGUAUUCAUAGCCAGUUUGAACUGAAUUCGAUCACCCUAGAAUCGAGAACGCAGGAAGCAUUUGCUUGAGUUCUCUGCGUCCCAUCUUGAUCUUGUCUUGGAUGAGAGCCUGCGAAAGACCAUUAUCACCGCUUCAGGGUGGGUCAGAGCGACUUACAACGUCCGUGAGGUGGCGGUUCCGUUCAAAAUCUGCCCUGAUCCAUUGGAUAGUUUCUUUCCUGGUUGCGGGAUCAGGGAUUGCUUUGAGAGUUCGUAUGGCGUGGCGAUACAAGUUGAAGACUUCUUGCUUCAGAAUAAAAUGUCGAAGAGUCAAGACCAUGCACCCCAGCUGAGCAUAAGACAACACGGCGUUCUUGAUCAGCUGUCAGUAACAAGGCAAGACAAGAGUGGUCCCAGACGGUAGUUGUAGUUUCUGGUGAAAAUGGUGACCAGUCACAAGGGGUAACAAGCACACCUGCUCGCUUUCGCCAACGCGACCCAAGAGAUGCCCGCCAACGACGAAGCAAUCAAUUCCUCUGCACAAAUUCAUGUCUCUCCCAAUCCCUCAUCCGCCAACCCUCUUGUCCCCGCUGUCGUCCACGAUGUCCCUCAAAACGAAAGCUCUGAGCAAGAACUCACAGUCGACCCUACUCCCAUUCCGCCGCAUACAACGCCACCCAGACCUCUAAUGGUUUAUACUCGUCCCCAACUCCUGCACCUCAAUCGGUCUCCUUUAGUCGCACCCCCUCCCGGCAUGCCGGAACUCAAACACUGGUUCGGGGAACACGAGUCAAGCAAGAAAGACGUCGAAUCUGCAACUCCUAAUGGCGGCAGGGAAAGACGCUUCAGAAGGGAGGCCGAAGAUAGCGAUUCCCCGGUGCGAACCACCUUUCGCUCGACGAUGACGCAACCCUCGCAAAUGGGAAACUUCAAACAUCAUCCUUUGCGGGACCGUGACCGCGAUCUGGAGAAAGGGGACAAGGAGGGUGAGAGACUCAGGAAUCUAUCUGACAAGUUUGAUCGCGAUCGACUCGCUGCGCCGGGCUUACGAAACAAGGAAAGAGAUAUCGCCCCUCACUUGAUCGAAUCUUCUCUUCGAGGUGCAUCUGCACUGACCGGGACGCGCCGAGGGGAGCCAAGAGAUGGCACGAAGAAGAAGAUUGGUGAGACGAAUGACGACUGGCGAAGAGGCAACUCUACGCGCCCUGAACGGUCAGAUAACGCUCGUCCUGACCGUGAGCGACCACGUUCCCGAGUUCGUGACUCUUCGAGGCCAAGGCGUGAUCAUUCUUCUUCGCGACGCGAACGUGACGAUGAAAGAGAGCCUGGUGACCACCGACGGCGGAGAGAAGAUCAGCGCCGAGAGCGCGAUCAUGAUCGAGCGGGAGACAAAGACGAGGAGGACACUCGCAGAUGGCGCGACGACGGCAGGAGGGAUGAACGUGUUGCGACGAGGCGGGCGAACGAGCGUCAAGCCGCGACCGACAAAGCACAGCAAGAAAACGGUGACUCAGACCGACGUUGGACGGUCGUGGAAGAAAGGGAGAAUCGCACCAAGCGAAAUCAUCGCGAUCGGAGAGCUGGAGGUGACGAUGCCAAGGAAGAGCGUCGUGAGCGCGAGAGGGAAAAGGAGAAAGAACCUGCUUGGAUGGAGACCUACGUGCCUGACUCCCCGGGUGGGAUCGUCGGGCGCGGGACUGACGGUGAACUCGACGGCAUCCAAGCCUGGAAGAAGGGUCUCAAAGAAAAGGAAAAGAGCGAUGCAAUAGCCGCGGCUAUUCCCGCCAAAGCGGAACCGGAGCCUGCCGCUCUCCCGGAUGUAACGUCCAACAAGCCGCUCAACGAGAUUGAGAUGUUCAGAAUGUUGAUGAAGACCGCUGCCGAAGAGCCCAGUCAAGAUGCAUUGCCUCCGCCUCCGGGAAUCCACGCGAAACCUUCUCAAGGGACUUACCAACCUCCUCCCCCAGACGGAGUGGCCGUAUCGGACCACGUUUCCGUGAUCGCGCCUUCGGCCGUCGAUUCCAACGUCACUUCUCUUGAUCCCAAUUCACUUUUGUCCACAAUUUUGGGCAAAGGUGAACCCCAAGAACAUCAAAUUCAGACAUCGUCCCGAUUCUUCCCGAAAACCACUGCGAACGCGGGCCCGGAGAAGAUCAAUUCACCCGAAACUUUCAACCCUCCAUCUGGAUCUCGUCUUCUCGCCCUGGGAACGCGGCCGACAGGGAAAUCAGUCACACCCGAAAUAACUUCAGCUUUGCCGACCGCGACUCCAGCUCCACCCACGCCGACUGAGUCGAUGCGAGCAGGCUUCACGCACUUUGACGAGCAAUCGCGAAUGGGCUUUGGGAUGGAGCCACGUGAUCAGACGCCUUUUGCUGGGGGUCGUGUUGAUCGACAGUCCGGCCUGGUUACCGAAGCCGGCUUGUAUCCGGACGCUUAUGAUCCAGCGAAUGGCUAUUCCGGUAACAAAGGUAGUCGCAUGGCUAAAUUCUUCUCUGAGCCCAAACGGGGUGAUCCUCAAAGCCCGAUUGGAUUUACGUCGACCUCGCCCGGUCCGAGUCAGCGCCCAGUGCAAGCCCAAUCUGCGAUGGACGGUCUCUUGUCGAAACUGAAUAACUCUGCGCACACCCCGAGAGCUAUUCCGAAUCUGCAGCUCUUGCAACAACAGCAGCACCAGCAGAUGCAACACACGCAACAACAACUGCAACAAUUGAACAUCAAUCAUCGCAUGGACUCAUUAUACGACAGCCGUCUGGACGACCGCAAUUUCGUCCCCGAUGGGAUGGUACCGGGUCUUCGGCCCGCCGUCCCGCGUGGCGCUCAGAAUGGGGGAAUGUUCCCGGAGUCGCUCGACGAAGCAAUGCAUUUUGGACAACCACGCGUUGCUCCCCAGCAAAACCACGUGUAUAAUCCACAAGCACUGCCGUCUGGGUUCGGCCAACCAGGGGGACGCAACAACGGGCUGGGGAUGCAGGGACAAUUCCGAGGGACAUCGCCGAUCGGCAAUGGUCAGGCCCGGGGCAUUCCUACUGGACUGGCUAAUCUUGGGGGCCGGCCGCCUCUGGACAGCGCACAGUACAUGGGAAUGCCUGGGCUUCCUCACAACGGAGUGCAUCCGAAUGCGCCGCCCCCUCAGUUCAACAGUUUUGCCGCGCAGCCCCAUUUGCGUGUCCAGCAGCAUCACCCCAAUCUCGACAUGGUGGCCAACGCUCGGAUGCUUGGUGGCUUUGGGUCUCAGUCCCAGAUCCUCCAGCAGCAGCAGCAGCAACUACUGAAGGAACGGCAACUGCAGCAAAUGCAGCAAGAGCGAGCUAUCAGGAUCCAGCAAGAGCGGAUCCAGCAAGAACGGAUCCAGCAGGAGCGACUUCAUCAUCAGCAGCAGCUUUCUCAGCACCACCAACACCAGCACCAGCAGCAACUCUCCCACCACCAGCAGCAGCACCAGCCGCAGCAUCAUCACCAGAUUCCGCAACACAUGUUGCACCAGCACCAGUCGCAGGCCAGCGACUUGAUGGCUCUUCUCAUGGGCGGCGCUCAAACGCACCGAGAGUAACUAGAUGCCUUGUAAUAAUACAUACUUCGUACCGUUAUCUUCCCAAUAUUUUGGCAUUUGACAAUUGCA